UCAUUUCGACAACAGGACACCAGCGCCAACCUUGACCUUACCUCUCAUCCACAGCCCAUUCCAUCUAGUGGCCAUCUAUUCCAAAGUGAUAACACUAUCCCACACUUAGCCGUCAAAAUGCAAUUCACCUCUUUCAAAGCUCUGGCUAUCUUUGCCGCUUCCCUCUUUGCAUUCUCUGCGACCGCUCGCCCCAGCUGUGAGACGGGAGCUACUUGGCCUGACCAUGGCGAUUGCCACAGCUUCUUCGAAUGCUCUGCUGGCGGAAUUGCUGUCCGCAAGACUUGCGGCCCCGGAACGGCAUACAGCUCUAAGUUCGGGAUCUGUGAUUAUGAGGAGAAGGUUGGGUCCUGCCACGGCCAUGGUUCUGGGAGCCAUGACGAGUCGCAGGAGGGCCAUGGGGAGCAGGUGAAGGGUCACGGCAAUGACCAGUCCUCGGGGGGCCAUGGUCAGGAAGGGAAGAAGAAUGACAAUGGCCAGGGGUCAGAGGGCCAUGGUCAGGAAGGGAAGAACAACGGCAAAGGCCAGUGGUCAGAGGGUCAUGGCCAGGAAGGGAAGAACAACGGCAAUGGCCAGCAGGAGCACGGUGAAGGAAGUCAUUAGUUUGCCACUAGGGACUGUUGACUCAGGCAUAGCUGUCAUUUUUUGGUAUUAUUUUGUCUUUCACGUCGGCGUUGCAUCAGUUACUUUUACUCGAAUAAGAAAUAUAAUACGAUGAAAUCUUUUUACUGAA